UAUGUAAAAACCACGGCCUCGGACUGGGUACUUCAUCCUGAGAGCAACCGAUGGGUUCGAUCCAUCUACAACCAUUCAGGAGAGUUUCUUUACGAAUGGGACUACCCAGGUGGCGCGUUAACUCCUGCGACAGCAGGUCAAGGUUCAAGCGUCGCGGCGCGCCAACGAAGCACCUCCGGGUCCGCAUUUCCCAAGCACAAAGAUGCAUAUGGGCAUCAGGCCCCAUUCGUUCCAGGACCAAGCUGUCAUGCAAGUCGCCUAGAUCAUGUACAGCGGCAGGACCCGCUCGAUUACGGCCACACAUAUACCAAUGAUCGAAUGGAUUUCAAUCACCACUCUCCACCCACCGGAUACCAGCAGCCCCCCAAUCAUCGUGUGCAUGAUGGCAUGUACCUAGGUGAAGGAACAGUAACAAAUGACAAGGCGAGCAGUCCGCCUGAAUGGAGCCCGGAAUGCUCCAGAGAAACAACCGGUCGCAGAACAGGGCGUGCAAGCAUAUCCGACCGUGGCGAAGCCACCACCUCGUCAAGAAGUGAUGCAUCCAUUGCGCGAGUCCACGUCGAUGAUCUGCAGGGAUUUAGUCCCGGGGAUCAUCCAGCCUCGCAUAUGGUGCUACCCUAUGGGGCCAGCAGUCACAGUCACCGCAAUGACCUCAUUCUGGGAGAUGUCCAACGAAAGUAUGACAUGGAGGUGGUGACAUACGUGAUCCCCGGCAGUAACGGCGAACGUGAGACGCUGGAUCCUCGCUACAAAAGGCAGAGCGAUCCUCAGAGAUUUUUCCGAAUUGGCAGGGUCUUUUCGAUGCUCUGGCAUGAGAAUACAGGUUGGCAUGGAACUAUACUCAGCGAGAAAGCUUCUCCUCCAUCAUCAAGCCCGUUCACCAGGGACAAGUAUCAAGAGCCCAUAUACAGUAGCAUCCAACGCAUGGUCGUGGUCAAAGAGCAGAGGGGCUGCUGCUGGUACCCAUUACUACCUAUAGUGGACAAGGUGUGGCCUCCAGAUCUGAUUCAGGUUUUGUAAAUAUUGUUUCUGCUCAUUUUGUCUUUACAG